AUGGGAAUUUCUUUCGCUGAAAAGUUGGAGGGUGAGUGCUUGGGUCUCCGUUUGGAGGUGGGAGUUGUGCCGGAUGGUGGAGCUGAAGGGAUCGACAGGUUAGAGAGGUCCGAAGAAGAUCCAGACCAACCGGGAGUGCCUUUGAUUUCAGGUCGAGAUUCGAUUGGGAGGAUAUCCAGAUCCGCAGGAGAUGGCCACAAUGAGUUCACUGUUAGAGGCCUCUUCUGAAUACCAACGAAAUGCCAGUAGGACCUGGUGAUUGUGGGAACCCGCGCUCUACUGCGGUGAUUAUUGCGGCGGUUCGUGCAACGGAGUGCCACUGUAGCUCAUAGAUCUCUGCCAAAUCCUAUUUUUUCCUGUGAUUUGAGGUUUUCAGUUGCAGAUUAAAAACGCACAUGCUUAGCAGAAGAGAGUAGGUUUCUCCUCAGAUUUUGUGUGGUGAGACCUGCGCUGUGGAGAAGAUCGAUCAUGUUGUUGGUCAUAGUGUGGGAUUCAACAGUCAUUAGGUUACCUUCUGUUAUCCCAGUAUGCAGGGUUCUGCUCUGCUCCCAUUGAAAGGUUAUUUUUGUGUGUCAUGGAAGAAUGCUCGAGGAAUUUGAUUUGUGAUGCCCGUGAUUAGCUAGGAUGGUGGGGAUUGUUUGCUUCCUUGGCUGAUAAAUAUAGUUCAGGAAAGGCUUUAUUUUUCAUAUAAGGAACUCCCAUGAAAUGUUGUAAAUAUUUCUGCCAAAUUAUAUGGUUCUGUCACUGAUGUGACCAAUCUUAAUCAGUCAUUGAAAGCUCCAAUGCGAGAACUAUGAACCAUGUUGGAUGGUUGAAG